GGUUCCUGCGCUUUCUCUUUACUCUCAGUCGAGAGUUCCUCGGAAAAUUUUGGCGGUCCACCGUCUUUACAGCCCACUUUUUUCAGUUGUCUGGAUAGCAACCGAUUCUAUGGCAGAAAAGAAGGAUGUACGUUACUCUACCCAACUAAUUGAGGAAGAGGGAAUAUUUAAUGACAAGUUCUCGAAAAUUCUGAAGUUGGAUGAAUCCGGAUCGUCCUACGUCAUCAUCUCAAUCAUGGGUCCUCAAAGUAGUGGAAAGAGCACACUUUUGAAUCACUUAUUUGGGACCAACUUUAAAGAAAUGAAGGCUGAAAUUGGAAGGAAUCAAACUACUAAAGGCAUUUGGUUGGCAAAAUGUACAAAUACUGAGCCUUAUGCACUUGUUGCGGAUUUGGAGGGCAAUGAUGGAACAGAAAGAGGAGAGAGUGAUACUGCAUUUGAGAAGCAGAUUGCCCUUUUCGCUCUUGCAAUUUCAGAUGCCGUGAUCGUUAACAUGUGGUGUCAUGAUGUUGGGCGUAUACAUGGUGCAAAUACGCAUCUUCUAACGAUUGUAUUCCAGGUCAUGAUGCAGUUGUUUAGUGGAGAACUACAUAAACGAACUAUAUUUUUUAUUUUACGUGAUAAGACCAAGACUCCAUUGGAUAUGCUAAAAAAACAAGUGAAUGAUAAUGUAGAAAAGAUUUGGGAUUCUAUUCAAAAACCAAAACUCCUUGAAGGAACACGAUUGAAUGAAUAUUUUGAUGUUCAAGUUGAUGCCCUAUCUAGUUAUGAACGUGAAGAAGAGGAAUUUAAAAUUGAGGUUUCUAGUUUAAAGAAUAAAAUCUUCCAAUCUAUAGCCAAGGAUGGCUGCCAGUCUCGAUAUUUUGGGGUUGAUGCUGCUACACUUUCAAUAAGUGUGGAGCAAAUGUGGAAAACUAUUAAGGAGAACAAGGAGCUUGACAUUCCUGCUCACAAGAUUAUGGUUUCUUCUUUACGUUGUGAUCAGAUUGUGAAUGGAAAGUUUGAGUCUUUAAAGAAUCAGGAUUGGGUUAAAUUACAUAAGAAUAUAAUAAGUCUAGAUCCAAGCUUGUUCGGGGAGAAGCUCGUUACAAUCCUUAAUACAAGCCUAUCGCAGUAUGACAACGAAACUAUUUAUUUUGAUGAAAGUGUUAGAGCAGAAAAGCGAGAGAGCUUGAAAGAGAAAGCGCUGCAACUAUUCGAAAGUUCUUAUCAAGGCCUAUUGGAUCAUCAACGGUGUAUAACCUUCGGUACUUUUAAGAAAGAAUUGGACAAUGCUCUGAAUGAAAGGAAAACUUUUGCUUUAUCUGCAAGUGAUUGCACCGAGCGUUUCAUGGCAAAAUUUAAUGAAAUAUGCACAGAUGCUACCAUUCCACAAGCAAACUGGGAUUCAUCUGUUGUUCGGCUUCAGCUUCAGCAAGAUAUGGGUGAACACGUUACUUCACUCCGUGAAACCAAACUUGCUGAGUGUAAUAAGAAAUACAAGAAACAACUAAAAGGGGCAUUAACGGGACCUGUGAACGAUUGUCUGCAAGAAGCAGACGAUAAUACCUGGCCAACAAUAAAAUUGCAUCUUGAACGUGAGAGUAAAUCAGCUGUCGAAGGGCUAACUGGGGAACUCGAUGGCUUUGACAUUGAUGAUAAGAGGAAGGAUGAAAUGCUUGCACACCUAGAAGACUAUGCAAGAGGUGUGGUUGAAAAGAAGGCAAAAGAGGAAGCUAGUAGAGUCCUGAAACACAUGCAUGACAGGUUUCUAAUGUUUUUUACCAAUGAGUCUAAGAAUGUGCCAAGGAUUUGGACUGGGGAAGAUGACGUCAAAACAAUUGCAGAAGUUUCCCGCUUAAAAUGCCUUAAGCUACUGGCUAUUAUGGCUGCCAUACGUUGGGGUAACACUGCUGGUAAUAUCGAAGCAACUCUCUACCUCACUCUGGUGAAUCCCAAUGGUAAGGACGAUAGUAGAACGAGAAGCACAUCAUCAGAUCCACUGGCCAAAAGCACAUGGGAAGAGGAUCCUACAAUGAAAACUUUGAUUGCUCCUUCCGAAUGUAAAACCCUUUGGAUUAAAUUCCAAACGGAUACAGAUUACAUUGUUAAUCAUGCCAAUUCUGUCAUUCAAGCCAUUCAAGAUCGGAAACAUGCUGAGCUCAUGGCCAAGCAGGCCCGCGAAGAGGUUGUUGCUGCUAUGGAGAAGGCUGAGCAGGCAAGCAAGAAGGUUAUUGCUCUCAAAAAAGAAGCCAAGGAAGCUGCAAAAAAGGCUCAAGAAGAUGCCCAGAUUGCUAUAGCCGACGCUAAUAAACGUGCCAAAGAGGCUCAACAGGCACAGAAGGCGGCAAAUGAUGCUGAGAGAGCCUACACAGAAGCGGUAGAAAAGGCCAAACGUGGUUUCUGGGGACACGUUUUGGAUUAUUUGAUUCUCAAGCCUUUUGGAUGGAUUGUUAACCAAUAGAGUCAACAGAAUUGAUUAGUUGAUAUGGUGCAUGCAUGGAAAACAAGUGCUGUUAAAAGAGGUUUGUUUGGGAGUACAAGACAUUGUUUGAAAGUGGUUUCUUACGGAAUCCACUCCUCUAUCUUUACGUGGGAAUAAGAAGCAAAAAAAUAUAUAAAGAUAUUGUUGUGGACUAUUAAAUUAGGAGUUUAAAGCAUCAAUAAGAAAACCGAGUGAUCCCCUCAUUAAGUAAAUAAGGAAAUUUAGUUACGAGUGUUUAACUUUCUUUAUUUUAA